AUGGACGUCAACGCCUCGUGGACGUCGCCCAGCUGGGCCGAGUUGGCCGCUCUCAAACUGCCAACGUCUCUGCCGACAUCGAACUCGGCGCUCUACUGGCUUGCUCUCAUAGUUGUCGCCUCCGUGGUUGCCGUAUCUCCACUCCGCAAGUCAUUCCAGUCUGCCGAGAUCUAUCCCGUCAUCAACAAGACGAAGGAAGAGUACCUAAAAGAUGGAAAGGGUCUUCUUGCGAGAGGAGCAAAGGAACACGGCGGGAAGCCCUUUCGGGUGUAUACCGGGCAGGGCACGAUGACGAUUUUGGCCCCCGAGUUUGCUAUGGAGGUUCGGAAUGAUAACCGGUUGAGCUCGACGGAGUUCUUGUUGGCUUACUGGCAAGCCGGGACCCCGGGGUUCGAGCCAUAUUUUAGUUCUGGCAGUGAACUGCUCCGUGAGAUGAUCAGAAGUCAUCUCACCCAAACCGAUAUUUCCAAGCUCUCCAGCCAGCUAUCCGAGGAGGCAUCUGAUGCGCUCCGCGACGUCUUCACAGACAACGAAGAAUGGCACGAAAUAACCCUCGCCCAAACCAUCCCGCAAAUCGUCGCCCGCGUCUCCGCCCUCGUCUUCCUCGGCCCGGAACUCUGCCGCGACCCGCGCUGGCUCACCAUCACCAUGACCUACCCCAGCAAAGCCAUGGCGGCCGCCAAAGUCCUGCGCUCAUACCCGUCGCCGAUCCGGCGCCUCGUCCACUGGUUCCUGCCCUGCUGCCGCGAGCUGCGGCAGAUGCUGCGCACGGCGUGCCGCGCGAUCGAGCCCAUCCAGCAGCGGCGGCGCGAGCAGGAGGCCGAGGGCGUGGUGUUCAGCAACGCGCUUGCGUGGAUCGAGAAGCUGGCGAAGAAGCAGCAAGACCGGACAGCGCAGAACGCGGCGUACCAGCAGCUGGGGCUGAGUAUCUUGGCGAACGCGUCGAGCACGGAUCUGGUUUCGCAGAAUAUUUUGGAUUUGUGCUUGAAUGAGGAGUUGAUUGAGCCGUUGAGGGAGGAGGUGAAGAAGGUUGCCGCGGAGGGGUGGAAGAGCUCUGCGCUGUAUAACUUGAGGUUAAUGGAUAGUGUGUUGAAGGAGACACUGCGGUUGAAGCCGAUCGCGACAGUCGCGCUAGGCCGUCGUGUGAUGGAAGAUAACGUCAAGUUGAGCGACGGCAGCGUUCUCCCCCGAACUACGGGCGUGGCAGUCUCCUCCGCAAACAUGUGGAAUCCUGAAAUCUAUCCCAACCCCGACAAGUUCGACGGCUACCGCUUCCUGCGUAUGCGCGAGGCCGGCAACAAUGAGCACAUUGCUCAACUAGCCAGCGUGUCUCCCGAGCACCUGGGCUUCGGCCUGGGAGCUCACGCCUGUCCUGGCCGCUUCUUUGGUGCGAGCACAACCAAGCUGGUCAUGGCACACUUCUUGCUCAAGUAUGAGUUCAAGCUGCCGAACGACGACAUGACAGCCGUUGAUCCGAUGCGCUUCGGAUUCUCGACGUUGGUGAACCCAAGGGCGAAGAUUCUCAUUCGUCGGAGGAAGGAUGUGGCUUGA